AUGUCUCAGAAGAGUAGGACGAGUCUAAGUCACCUUUACGAGAUCCUGGAGGAUGUACGGAAGAUUAGGAUCGAACAUGCGAAGAGUAUGUUUCUGAGAAGCGCAUCCUCUAGUAAGCAUACAGAAAAUGCAAUAUCUGACAGGCUUAUUGAAGGAACGUUGUCAUUAGGCAGCAGCAAUCUCUUAAAGAACCUUAAGAUUGCACAAGGCACCCUUCGUGAUUACGGUCAUUUCCGAGAAUCCGACGCCCUGGGCGAUAUCCUUAUUACCUGUGCACAACGUCCCGAGCUGGGUGGGUUAGGUCUUACGGAACAUACCGACCCUACAGAGGACCAAGAGUCGGAGGUUCUAUUUCUGGUGUCGGCAUGGUGGGAGUCGCUGAAUUCGGCAGACAGGGCCAAGUCAUUUCCCGCUCCACUGCCUGUCCGCCCUGGAGGCCGAAGGGGCAUGACCCUAAGUGAGAAGCUCUUCUCAUUGCACGAUAUUGAUCGGCGGGGGUCGGUAGCUCCAGGUGACCUGAUACGAGUUGAUGUAGAUUGGGUGAUUGCAUCCGAGGCUUCUUGGGCAGGCAUGGAGUCAACGUACAACCGCCUUAGAAAGCCAGGAAUCUUCCGCAAUGACCGCUUCUGGCUUGCUGGGGAUCAUGUAGUUGAUCCUCGGGUCAACAGUUCCCCAAAGGUUCAGGCAUUGAUCGAUGCGAGUGAAAGAGCAAAGCGCGUGUUCAAGUUGACGGAAUACCAAGGGAUGAAUUAUACAAUUCUCCACACAGAGUUCUAUCGUGAACGAGCGCAGCCGGGCAUGCUCGUAGUAGGGUCGGACUCGCACACCUGUUCAUCUGGAGCGCUUGGAUGCCUGGCUAUCGGCCUUGGUGCUGCGGAUGUGACACUGCCACUAGUAACCGGAGAGACGUGGUUUAAAGUCCCAGAAUCUAUCGAAAUCCGUCUGGUUGGAAAGCCCAAGUUGGGAAUUGGUGGAAAAGAUACAAUCCUUUAUAUAUUGCAACAACUGAAAAGGGAUAGCAUUGCCUCAGAUAGGAUUGUGGAGUACAGUGGGCCUGGACUGGAACACCUGUCCUCUGACGCUCGGUUUGCGAUAUCGAACAUGACAGCAGAGUUUGGUGGUAUUACUGGAGUCUUUGUCCCGGACAUCCAAACGCAAAAGUUUAUGCAAAAGCGCAAAAUUCCACGCCACAAAAGCGCAAGUAUCUAUAUGAAGCCAGAUGACGAUGCACAAUAUGCUGAAACUCACGAAAUUGAUCUCAGCAAAGUUCAAUCCUUCAUAGCAAAGUAUCCUCGGCCGGAUGAUGUUGUUCCGGUUGUUGAUUGUGAAGGCAUGAAGUUGGACGGUUGCUUUAUUGGAGCCUGCACCACUGCCGAAGAAGAUCUCAUACUGGCCGCCUUAGUACUUGAACAGGGCCUAAAAGGUGGUCUGAGGCCAUCUGUAAAAGGCAAGAGGAAGAUCGUCCCCGGCUCAAUGCCGAUUUUAUAUCGACUACGCCAACUCGGCCUGGUUGAGGUGUACGAGGAAGCGGGGUUUGAUAUCGGCAUCCCUGGAUGUAGCUACUGUGUUGGCAUGUCUGCUGACCAGGCAGCGCCAGGUGAAGUAUGGCUGUCAUCGCAAAAUCGGAACUUCGAGAAUCGAAUGGGAAAAGGGUCAAUUGGACACCUCGGAUCUGCUGCUACUGUUGCUGCAUCCUCAUUUGAUAUGAGGAUCACUGAUCCUGCCUAUCUUCUGGAUGCUAUCCAAGCAGAGAAAUGGGACAAGCUGCGAAAAAAUGAAGCUUCUAUUAUCCCAGAAGAAGCCUUAACCCAGAGUGUAGAAUAUGUGGAGCCGAGCGAGCCUUCAAGGCCUUGCUGUGAAAUCCAGAACAAGGAACCAACCAUUGGAAGCAUGCUGAUUGCACCACAGGUUAUAAAGAAUGAGGUUCUAACAGGAAAAGCCCAGCUCCUUGGAGAUUUUAUAGAUACAGACGCUCUUUUCAAGCUUGCACCAGCUGAGUUCUUGGUUGACAUGGCGACUAACGAAGCAGCUGGAGAGCACUGCUUGCGAUAUACACACCCAGAGUUCCGUCACCACGUUAAAGAGGGUUUCAAUGUUGUGGUUGCCGGCAAGGCCUUUGGCUGUGGAUCAUCUCGGGAACAGGCUGUCAUGGCAUUGCUAGGGUGUGGUGUUAAGUGUGUUAUUGCCCAAAGCUUCGCUUUCAUCUUUCAGCGCAACAUGCCAAACCUUGGACUCCUUGGCAUUACCGUGCCAGAGAGAUCAUUCCACGCAGCUGUCGAGAAUGGAGCAGAGAUCGCGAUUGACUUCGACGAUAGCACUAUUAACAUGGAUGGAAGAAUAUUCAGGUUUAAUCUCAGUCCAAUGGAGAGAGAGCUCUUUCAUCAUGGUGGUAUCGCGUCCGCCUUUAGGAAGUUUGGUCGUAACUUGUUUGAAGCGAUGAUGGAGGGAAAGGCCUCGGGUCUAACACCUGGUCGUGGCAUUGCAAAUCUCGCUGAUUCACACCCCGAGCUGCAGUGGUAG